ACUUCCGCCGGGGGCGGGGUUUCCCGGUCGGCUUCUGGCCCAGGGUGCCAGAGCUCUGGGUCCUCGUGGUCGGAGCCGAGUGUGUGCGAGGGCUUCUGAACCGUUUGCGAGACGGGGUUCGCGGAGAGGCCGUUGGAUUCGCCGCAGGUAAAACCGUCUCUGUGCCGUUCCCUCCCCGGCGCAGAGCGGAAGGCCUCCGGGGGUGUCGAGGGCUCGGUGCCUCCAUCAUGGACUACCGGCGGCUCCUGAUGAGCCGGGUGGUCCCCGGGCAGUUCGACGACGCCGAUUCCUCCGACAGUGAAAAUGUAAAUUUGAAGAUAAUCAAAGCGGAAGAUGGCAUUCUGUUUGAAGACUUUCAAAACAAUGUGACUAAGAAGAGUGAAAGUGAGAUAAAAGUUGAAGAGGAAGAAGAGGAGGACUAUGAUGAUGACAGUGAUUGGGAUUGGGAUGAUGGAGUUGGAAAACUCACCAAGGGUUAUGUCUGGAAUGGAGGGAGUAACCCACAGGCAAAUCGACAGAUUUCCAACUACAGUUCAGCCAGAAUGUCUACUCCAGCUGACAAAGUCUUACGGAAAUUUGAAAAUAAAAUUAAUCUAGAUAAGCUAAAUGUUACUGAUUCUGUCAUAAAUAAAGUCACCGAAAAAUCUAGACAAAAGGAAGCAGAUAUGUAUCGCAUCAAAGAUAAAGCAGACAGAGCAACUGUAGAACAGGUUUUGGAUCCCAGAACAAGAAUGAUUUUAUUCAAGAUGUUGACUAGAGGAAUCAUAUCAGAGAUAAAUGGCUGCAUUAGCACAGGAAAAGAAGCCAAUGUAUACCAUGCUAGCACAAUAAAUGGGGAAAGCAGAGCAAUCAAGAUUUAUAAAACUUCUAUCUUGGUGUUUAAAGAUCGGGAUAAGUAUGUAAGCGGGGAAUUCAGAUUUCGUCGUGGCUAUUGUAAAGGAAACCCUAGGAAAAUGGUGAAAACAUGGGCAGAAAAAGAAAUGAGGAACUUAAUCAGGUUAAACACAGCAGAGAUACCAUGUCCAGAACCAAUAAUGCUAAGAAGUCAUGUUCUUGUUAUGGGUUUCAUUGGUAAAGACGAUAUGCCUGCACCACUCUUGAAAAAUGUCCAGUUAUCAGAAUCUAAGGCUCGGGAGUUGUAUCUGCAGGUUAUUCAAUACAUGAGAAGAAUGUAUCAGGAUGCCAGACUUGUCCAUGCAGAUCUCAGUGAAUUUAACAUGCUGUACCAUGGUGGAGAUGUGUACAUCAUUGAUGUUUCUCAGUCUGUGGAGCAUGACCACCCACAUGCCUUGGAGUUCUUGAGGAAAGACUGUGCCAAUGUCAAUGAUUUCUUUUUGAAGCAUGCCGUUGCUAUCAUGACUGUGCGGGAGCUCUUUGAAUUUAUCACAGACCCUUCCAUUACACCUGAGAAUAUGGAUGAUUAUCUCUCAAAGGCCAUGGAAGUAGCGUCUCAAAGGACCAAGGAAGAAAGGUCUAACCAAGAUCAUGUGGAUGAAGAGGUGUUCAAGCGAGCAUAUAUUCCUAGAACCUUGAAUGAAGUAAAAAAUUAUGAGAGGGAUAUGGAUAUAAUGAUGAAGCUGAAGGAAGAGGACAUGGCCAUGAACGCUCAACAGGACAAUAUUCUAUAUCAAACUGUCACUGGAUUGAAGAAAGAUUUGUCAGGAGUUCAGAAGGUUCCAGCACUCCUAGAAAAUAAAGUUAAAGAGAAGACUUGUUCUGAUUCAGAAGAUACUGGAAGCUCUGAAUGCUCUGAUGCAGACUCUGAAGAGGAGGGAGACCGUGCUCACUGCAAAAAGCACCCCACUGACCCCGACAUUGAUAAGAAGGAAAGAAAAAAGAUGGUAAAGGAAGCCCAGAGAGAGAAAAGGAAAAACAAAAUCCCUAAACAUGUGAAAAAAAGAAAGGAGAAGACAGCCAAAACCAAAAAAGGCAAAUAGAGUGAGAGCUCUAUCAUGUAGUCAUUUUCCUUCAGCUGCUUUCUCACCUGAACUCGGAGCUGCAGCUGGAAGAUGGCUUCUUGAUUUUAACCGAGCAGUUAUUAUGGCACCAUUUGUGAAGACUGAUUCGAAUGUUUUUCCUGUAAUUAUGUAAAAAGCCCUAAGUUCUCAUGUCCAGAUCCAGUCACUGACACUGUCUGGUAUUGACAGAGGAUUUGUCUAAGCUACUAUUUUAAUGAAGAACUUGGUACAUUUUUAUUUUUAUAUUUUUUUCUCUUGCAAAUCUGUUUUUAGAAGUAUCAUAAAAUAUUUAAAUAUUCCAUGACCUUUAUGUCAGUAUAAAGGCACUUUAGACAAACUUGGGAAAAUCAUUUUUGCUUUCUUUAUACUUGCCAAAAACAUCUGAAAUCAUUUGGUUAUAAGGCCAUAGUUUAUAUAAAAGGGAGCUUUGCUCAUAAGAAAAUUCAGUUGACCGCUGAUGUAAUCAUUCACUGCAACUCUGUUCUUGGAGAGGAGAGAGAAAGCCUGUGGAGGUGUGAGGGUUUGCAAUUCAAAAUAGGUUUCUUGGGUCAUGCGUGGUGGUGCAUACCUGUAAUCCCAGAAGUUUGGGAGACUGAGGAAGGAGGAUCACAAAUUCAAAGCCAGCCUUGACAACAUAGUAACCCUGUUUCAAAAUAAAAAGGGCUGGGGAUAUAGCCCAAUGGUAAAGUGCCCCUGGAUUCAUUGUCUAGUACCACAUGGAAAGGGAGGGGGGUGACUUUGGGGCUGGGGUGUGUAGCUCAGAGGUAGAGCUCGUCUAGUAUGUGUGAGUCCUUGAGUUUUAUUCCUAGCACUAACAGAAGUGGGGACGGGUGAUUUCUUAGGCCAUAUUAUUGAGAGGUGAUAUUUGAACAAGUACUUAAAAGAAUCUGAAUCAGGUGCAUGUCAGGAGAGAAAAGCAUUCCAGACAAAGUGAAGAUACAGGGAGAAAGUAGUAGAUGAGUUCAGGUAGUGUAAGGCUAUAGGAGAGUUUUGAGCAGAGGAAUGGUAUGAUCUGACUUCUGUCUUAAAAGGAUCACUCUGGCCUCUUGAAGCCAGAUCAGGAAGCAAGGGUGGGAGGUGGUUGGGUAUGUUUGUUGUGGUAACCCAGGUAAGAGAUGCUGAUGGCUUGGUCUAGGAUGGUAGCAGUGGAUAUGGAGAGAAGGAGUUGGAUAUGCUAAGGGAAUAGUUGAGGAGUAGGAGAGAAAGAGUGAAGGGUGACUUUGGGGUUUAUGACCUAAGAAGCCACUGAGCUAAUUGUAGUUGCUACUUAAUUGAUGGGAAGAAAUGUAGGUGGAGCAAGCUUGGGAUAGGAGAGAGAAAGAAAAAAUCUUAUAUCUCAACACUGUGCAAAUAUUGAAAUUAUCAGGUUCAAAAAAUUUAUUUUUCCAUACUUCAUGUUUAAAUUAAAAAGGGCUAUUUUAAACAUUGCUUUCAGAAACUUUCUAUAUAAAAGUUAGUUUCCCUUAAAUCUGUACCUGUUUGUUUGAUGGUGGAUUAUUGAGGGGAAUCAAUGGAGCUCUGAAAAUUGAAGUCCAAUUUUAUUAUAUUCAAAAUAAUCCUCCCUCCCUGACCUUAAAGUUCAAAAUAUGAAACACAAUUUCAGUGAAACAAAAAAGUAGUCCCUUUAAAAUAGUCCACAGUGAACAUAACAAGAAAAUCCAAGAACAGUGUGAGCAACCCUGUAUACAUUUGGGAAGUUCAUCUACAUGAUCUUACAGUUCUUAUGAUUCCAACAUGGUUGUUCACAUCAAGUGGGUGAUUUCUUAGGCUGCCUUUUGCUCAAUCUAAUGUGCUUUCUCAGUGGAAUUAAUUCCACUUGACCAAAAGUUAAUAGGAUUGAGGGAGCAAUUCAUUGUCUUACAUUGCUUUUGGGAGGAAAUGGCUUAUAAAACAUCAAGAUUUGGAAGCGCAGGGACGUUCCAACCUGAGAGCCAUUUUUCUGAUAACCUGUCACUGCGAUGGCUGUUUCCGUUUGUGUUCUGAGCCAGAAGACUAUGACUGAGUGAUAAGCAGUGAUACUAGUGUUGCCAAACUUGUCUGAAGAUAAAUUUCCCUUGUUUGUGCUCAUCAGAAGGCUUGGGUAUAGGAACCUAAUUUGUAGGCAGACAAAACUACUGAUACAGCCUACUUGUUGACUUUGAUUACUAUUGAAUUUUGAUUGCUUGGCCAUUGGGUUUUGGUGUUAAUGGAUUGUUGGCUAUACAGUAACUGUCCAUUUGGAAGGAUGAGGUUUGGGUCUUUGGGUGCAAUGUUAAGGACAUAAUUUUGCCAAUUGCAGAUGUAUCUGAUUUUUUCUAUCAUAUUUUACUAAUUUCUCAUUCCUCCAAAUAAUGCAGAUGUUUUUAAAAGUUCCUACGAGAAAUCUGGUUAAUUUCUUUGAAGCAUGAAGUCACACCACUUUCCUAUGCUGCUGUCAUUCUCAGUCUUCCACCAACAAAGCAGUUUGGGGACAGAACUUUGCUCAGUCUGGAGGUUCCGUCCUCUGAGUAUGAUCUUUGAGUGAAGGGGGAUGGGGAGGAAAUAGAGCAGCUUUUUGCUGAAGUCUGGUCAAGUAUGAUUCUGUGGUUCUUGGCUCACAUCAAAUUUUCUUCAGCUUUAUGACUUAAUGAAGAUGGACUCAAGAUGUUGAAAACUUUAUAGUGUGGUACAAAGAGUUCUUUGAGAACUUCUCUCCUUCCAUGAGUACUCUGUUUAAUUCUGUACUAGGGAGAUUGUUCCUUGGCCUAUCCUAUUUUAUGGUUGUGAUCUCAUUAAACUUUUGGCUCAGAAAAUGAAGAGAUGAAAUAAGAGAUGCAAAACCUUGACAGGUUUUCUAAUUUUCAGUUGUCUAUGCACAUUAAUAAAGAUCUUGAACAGAAGAACUUGCUUUGAUUUCUGAGGUUGACGAUGGAAGAGUUGUAAGGAUCAGCAACAAGAGCAGGUUCUACUUGAGUGUAGCUACCUGUGAAGACUUUUUGUGGCCACAUAGAAGGGAUAAGUUUUCACCUAUGGGGCUCAUAAGCCAGAGCACUUAACUUAUUCUAUCCCUCAAAUUGAUUGGGUUAUUAUAUUCCUGACAUUUCGGCUGGAGUUUUUAAUUUUUGUACUUUUUGAGUUUGUAUUUCCUUGAAUAUGAAGGCUUCUAGAAGUGAUCCAGGGGAAACUACAAUGUUGGAUAUGAGACAUUUAAGCUGGUUUCCUAAGGAAGAGAUUGUUGUUAAAUCUGUGCCUACAGAGAUUUUAAUCCCAGUUGGUGGGAUUGUGGAAGGCCCUGGAUUAGAAUUUGGAAACCCGGGACUGCAUUUGUGGAUUUAUUGACUUUGGUUUCCAGCUUGCUUUAAUUUUCUGUGCCACUCCAAAUCUUUGUGCUUUGGUUGCUGAUUGGUCAUGGUCAUGAGACAGCCCUGUGCAAGUGAGACUAGCCACACUGCCACAUAGUCCUUUUUUUUCCCUUUUUUUUUUCAGGAGGGCAAGGGGGUCUUCUGACAUGAGCAGAGCUAUUUCCAAUUCUCUGAGAUAGAGUUUCCAUGUCUUUAGUGCUGCUUAAACACUGAUCAGCUUUUAUCUUCAGAUGAACCUUUAGCCCGUGCACAUUCUGCAGAGUCAUCUUGGAGCCCUAUAAUUCAGCAGUGAAAAGUGAUGGCAGGUCCUCUGGGGCCAAAACAUUGUUGGAGUCUGAUUGCUACAGUGCUAAGCUGGAGAAGCAAGAUUGCCAGUGUUAAGCCAGAGAAGCAGGAGGUCAGAAUAGGGGUUUAAGGUUGCUGUACAAAGAGAGGGUCGCCCUUGCUGGGAGUGGUCAGGAACAAGUGACUGAGGUGGAAUAACAGAUAAGCGCAUUGAAGGCAAGAGAAUCAGACACCUGGCCUGGGGUUGGAAAGGGCAUCUGUGUUCUCAUAGGCAUGAUGUGAGAGUCACUGAAAGACCCUGGGAGUCAGAGGAAGUAGGCGGGGGAGGGGCAGCAUGGAAGCCUGCAUUGCAGAAGGGGAGUGGCCCCUGAGGACAUGACACAGGGUACUUGCUAGAGAGCCAGGGGAAAGGGAACUAUCAGAAAAUGCAGGGAUAAAAAGCUUUUUGUUAGUGUCUGACCAUGAGUUGGAAGAGGACUGUGGGGUAGUUUCAGGGAUUAGAAGAAUAGGAAAGGAAGUCUGUUUUUUACUUAACUUGAAUUGCAGAUCCUCUUAGGAGGGGUUGGGUGUAUCAAUUUCUCAGAUCCUAAUGCCAUUCAGGAUGCUGUAACCACUGUGGAGAUAGGGGUACCUCUGUACUUAGAUGUAAUCAGUGGUUUGUAGGACACAGGAACAGGGUACAUGUUACUAGGAGGAUACAGUCAACCAAAUUCAGAAUAAGGGAAAGACCAUAAGAAAGGUCGGUGUGUGGGCUCAUGCCUGUGAUUCCCAGCAACUCCGAAAACUGAGGCAUGAGGAUCUCAAGUUCAAGGCCAGCCUUAGCAACUUAGUGAGAUCCUAAGCAACUUAGUAAAACCUUGUCUCAAAAUUUUAAAAAUGAGACUGAUGAUGUAGCUUGGUAGUAUAAAGAACCCCUGGGUACAAUGUCCAGUACCAAAAGAAAAAGAGGAACUAUUAUUUUAAAAGCUGCAGAAGGCUAAGGCACAUGUAUCCAAAUACUAUAAACUUUAUUUUGAUCCUGGCCAAAUUAUGAAAAAUUGGGAUGGUUUUUUAAUACAAGAAGGAAAAUUGAAAAUGAAAUAGGUAUUAUGACAGUAGGGAAUUGUUUGUUUUGUAUAAUACAUGAUACUGUAGUUAGAUUUUUUUCAAUUGUCUUAUUUUUUUAAAUUGUGAAUAUCUGGAAUUACUUUAAAAUACUUCAUCCCUCUUUCUAAAACAAAGUGGUGAUAGAUAACAAAAUUGGUAGAUCAUUAACUGCUAAAGCUAAGUAUGGAAGUCAUUAUACUAUUUUCAUGAUUUUUGUGUAUAAGAGUUCCUGUAAGAAAAAAUUAAUUUUAAAGAGAUAAAGCAUAUUGAGCACUUAACAGGGAUUUUGUAAGUAGUACUACAUUACACAGUGUCUGUGUAUUUGUUAUUUCACUUUUUAACUAAACUUCUUUUGCUCUGGUAUCAAGAUUUAACCCCAUGGGCUAGCAAGGUAGGUCAGCAGAAUGGUAAUGCCUUCUGGUGCUGGCCUAGCUCAAUGUUAACGGUUUGUAUCUUAAAUGUCUCCCAAAGGCCAUGUGUUGAAGGUUUGGUCCCCAGCUGAUGGAGCUGUGGGGGCUGGCGCAAUGCAUAAUGGGAGGAAGCAGGUCAUUGAGGGCAUGCCCUUGAAGGGGAUAUUGGGACCCUGGCUCCUUCCUCUGUUUCUUUGCUUCCUGGCAACCAUAAGGUGAAUGACUUGGCCUUGCCAUGUGCUCCCCACAGACCCCAAAAUAACAGAGCCAAUCGACCCUGGACUGAACCUCUGAAACUGAACCAAAGUAAACAUUUCCUUGCCUCCAGUACUAAGGAUUAACCCAAGCAGGUAGGCAGGCGCUCAACCAGUGAGCUACACCCCAGCCCUAACAUUGCCUCUUUUUAAGUUUUUUUAUCUCAAGCGUCUUGUCACAGGGACAAGAAGCUUACUAAUAAUGCCCUUUGGGUUCAAAAAUUCAAAUCACACAGUGGAUGAAGUUGAACAAAUGCUGAUAGAUGCCAAAUCUGAUCUUCAUUUUAAAAUACAAUGUUACCUUCUUGGUGAGACUUAUUCUACCCAUUCCAUUUGAAAUUGCAGUCUGCUCACUUCCAGAGGGCCCCCAUUUACUUAUUUAUUUUUUGGUAGCAGGAAUUGAACUCAGGCGUGCUUUACCAUUAAGCCACAUCCCCAACCCUUUUUUUAUACUUUGAGACAGAGUCUUACUGAGUUGCCAAAGCUGGCUUUGAAUUCUCCAUCCUCCUGCCUCAGCCUCCAGGCUACUGGGAAUACAGGCGUGCUUCACUGCACCUGUCCCCACUUGGCUUAUUAUACUUUCACUACAUUACUUUUCUGUAGCUCUAACAGAAAUUUAACAUUGAAUUUACUUAUGUAUAUUGUAUAUCUUCCGUCCGCUUCUAACCUCUGACCAGAAUGUAAGCUCCGUAGGGCAGGGAUUGUUGUCUUUGGCCUGAUUUGUAUCCCAGCACCAAGAUUGGUGCCUGAAACAUAAUAAACUCUCAGAGAUAUUUAAGUGAAUAA